CAAGCCUUUGUCCGGCUAUGUAUAGAGCUCCCUGCUCCUCUGCCGUGUUACUGCCCAAUUCCAUCAGAGCUUUGACUGCCCUUCCUGCUCUUCUGCCUCCUCCUCCUCUUCUUCCUCUUCUCACAUCUGUUUCUGCUUCACAACUUCAGUAACUGAGAGAUGGAGGCGCAAGACGACUGCAAGUGGCGUCAGACCCCGGCGUUCGGCGAUUGGAACCUGUGGGACGACAUGCCCGUCACCCAAUACUUCCAGUCAGGGACCUUCUUCUUCACAGCGCAAGCGGAGAAAGACGAGGACCUCUUCAAGGUUCCCCAGUUCCCUGCCAAGCCCUAUAACUACAAGAAGUGUGUUGUGCGAGUGAAGGGGGAGCAAGCAAACGUUGUGCCAGUGAGGAAGGGAGGCAGGAGGCAGUAUGUGAAUGAGCAGCAGAAGUGGAAGCCAAAGGGAUAUGUAGACGAGGACCUGUACAAGAUAUCCCCGCAGCUUCUCUGCAAGGUGAAGAAGAAGAAAUUGCUGAGGAAUUUGUUGGGAGGGUGCCUGGGCCUGAGCUGCAUCGCCUGAAAGAAGCAAGUUUGGUGCUUCAGAGAGGUGUAUAGUGUUUCUACUAUAUGGAAGUAAUGGAAACUUGCUACUGCUUGCACUCGUUUGAA